CGUGUCAUUUUACUAGUAAAACCUCAAGAGGUAAUGCAGUGGGUCAACCAUAACACACACACACACAAACAAUUAAAUCCCUUCACCAACACCCACAAUUACAAACCCCCUUAAACCGCCACCAUGAUCGUCGUCGUCUCGCCGGCACCAUCACCGGAGGAUAAUCAUCAUCUUCACCUUCAUGUUCUUCAUCAAGCUCCAGCUUCAGCUCCGGCUUCAUGGCUACCGAAUUCAACGUCAAAGCCACCGGUUCGAUUCAGUCCGCCUUUGAUAGCGAUGGUUGUGAUCAUCGCCACAGCGUUUAUCACAAUCACAUACUCCCGAGCCAUUUCCCGACGAUUCCUCCGUCUACGUCGGAGCUGGCGACAGUGGCGAAGGCGGCGACGUCUUCUCCGUUCAUACGUUCCGUCGUCUGUUGGAAACGGCGACAUCGAAUCCCCUGCGUACUCAGGUGAAGAAUCGUAUGAUCCGACUUAUGGUUAUCAGAUGUUUUCGCCAUACGGUUUGGAUGAUGCUGUUAUCAAAACGAUUCCGUUGUCUGUUCACAGUAGGAAAAGCAGUGUUCAUGAAUGUGCGGUUUGUUUAUUGGAAUUCGAAGAUAACGAUUACGUUCGUACUUUACCGGUUUGUUACCACGCUUUUCAUGUGGAAUGUAUCGAUGUUUGGCUGAGAUGUCACGCUAAUUGUCCUCUCUGUCGAGCGAGUGUUUUCCGGCCAGAAUCGCCGUUUAUUCCGGUGAUGUCGGCCAGAAUCCGUCCCAAUUUCGACGACGUGAUUAUCGAGAGCCCGAUUAUAGAGUCGUCGCCGGUACCGGAGCAUGUUAGUCAUCAAGUUGACAGUACUAUUUCAGUAAGCGAGAUCACACAGGAGGCAUCUCCGAUUAGAAUUCCAUCCGAGGAUCGGUUUAUCAGGAGAGACUUCCUUCUCAAACGAUCAUACUCAUUCGGAUUCGAGCGUAAUUUAGGAUCGGAGAGACUCGUAAUCGAACCAGCAACCGCGUCUCCAUGGAGAUACCGCCGAGGCGGAGGAAGUUUCUGGAGCAAACGACCAUCUCCAUUCAGUACAAAAUCCAGAGUAUUCUCCUUCCGAUACUACCGAGGCAUGAAGUCGCCAUUCUUCCGGCGGCGAGGCGGAAGCUUCCUUCCAUUAUCCGAAUCCAGCGUCCGGUACGCCGACAGCGGCGGCGGCGGCGGAAGCUCAUCACGUCGGAGAAAAUCAUUCGCAAGCCCAAUUUUCAUGAGACAAUCAGGGGUAAACUCAGGAAUGUUCUCAUCAAGCCGGUUACGCAGCGGUGAUCCUGAAGCAUUGCUGUCACCGGAGAGAUAUAACCGACGGUGAAGAUGAGAUACACGUCGACAAAUGCACAUGACCCAACACAGAAGGUACGACUAGGAUGAGAUUGCGAUUUGGGAGACACAAAGAUAAAAAAGAAAGAUGUAAUUAAUUGAAAAUGGAGAGAAUUAAAGGCUAAAGCCCAUCGGUAGCUGCUCAUUGGUGGUGCCUGAAAAACCAGUCGAUCAUUAAUGGCGGAGUGGGGGACUGUGGUCAGCAUUUAUGACCCGUUUCACAAACCAACCUUCUUGUCUGUCAACAUUUAAAGAAAACCAAGUAUUUACCCCAUCUCUCUUGUAUUUAUUUAUUGCAUAUAUAUAAAUAUAAAUAUUUAUAGAA